UACCAUGGUGGUUUCCAGAACCACAGACCAAUCCGCCGAAGAUGGCGCCGGGAACGGAACCGCGGUGGUCUCCAACUACGAGAAAAUCAGAGAGCAGAGGAUCAAAGAGAACCUGGCGAGGAUGCAGAACAUGGGCAUUUUCGCCCUUUCGCGCCAGCUCAACUCCUUCAAACCCAAACCCCCUCGCCAGAGUCCCGCUUCCGAUCGCCCCAAAGCCCACAGCUCAGUCCCCACUCGGCGCUCCUCUAGGUUGCAGAAUGUGGCUCCUGUGGACUAUGAUCAAUCUGCAAGGAAGGAACCAAGGAUAAGAAGGGUGAGGAGGGACCCACCACAAAAUGUGGGAAACCCAGAUAGGAAGAGGAGGUCAUCAGACUCUGAUUCUGAAACUGACUCACAGUCUGACUCAGGCUCAGACUUGGACUUGGAUUCUGACUCUGACUCCGAGGUGAAAGUUCGGAUACCAAUUGCGAAUUCUGGGUCUCCGCCGAGGCGGUCUACUAGGUUGAGAGCUGUGGCUCCGGUGAGUUAUGUGGAGACUACUCCCGAAAAGGAGAGGGUUCCUUCAGAGAGUAUCGAGGGAGAGUCCUCGGAGGAUGAAUGUGGAGAAGAUGAGAAGAGCGUAGAGGAUGGGGUCAAGGAUGAAACUUGUCACCAAUGCAGGCAGAGAACUCUUGGUGAUCUUACACAUUGCAGCCAAUGUCACUUGGUCCAAGGACAGUUUUGUGGAGACUGCUUGGAUAUGAGAUAUGGAGAGAAUGUGAUUGAAGCCAACCAAAAUCCUGAUUGGAUUUGCCCUGUUUGCCGAGGUAUCUGUAACUGCAGUGUCUGCUUGAGUGGAAAGACACAGGAAUUAAUACAUGAUGAUAUCAAAGAACUGCAUGACGAAUACCUCAUGGGGAAAGAUGUGAAUUCCUUUGGUAGUGAGCAUGUUCCCGCAGAAGACGUGAGCGUGCUCAAUACUGCUACUAUUUCUUGUCAAGUGGUUGGUGGGACAAAGAAAGAUCCAAAAAGGAGCACGAGUAGCGCAGAUGUUUCUACAGAAGACAUGGGCAAGCUAGAUGCUGCUGGUGAUGUUGAAGGUGAAACUAAUAAACAACUAAGAAGGAGCAAGAGGACAAGUACUGCGCAUGUUGCAGAAGACCUGGGUAACCUAGAUGCUGCUGGUGAUGUUGAUGGUGAGACAAAAAAGGAACCAAGAAGAAGCACAAGGAUGAGGAGGAACUAAACAUUUCUAUGUAAAAAAUAUGAUUGACAUGAUGCCCUAAAAUACAGCAAAUAGUCUUGACAGAAUGAGUGAAAGGUUGUACAAACCAAUCACUUUUUCAUAACAGAUACUCCUUUUUUGUUAGCAGGGCAGCCUAA